ACUCCGCUCGAGCGCAUGCAAAUAGGAAGUAUCGGUUGCUAUAAAAGGCGGCCUCCUCCGAGGCCAUCUCCACGCCAAAGCCGUUCGGGCCGUCCUCUACUCCCCGUUUUCUUGGUUCGUUUCUGGCUUUCCCUCAAAAUGACGGUCAUCGUACCUGAGCCUGUUCAUGGGGCGGAGGAAGAGAAGAAGGUGAGCAAGGAUGAGUCGUCCACGCAAAUGCGGAUGAAUCUGGUUCUUGACGGAGGUUUCGUGGUGCCGGAGAACAACGCGUUUGGAAACUCCUUCAGAGAUUACGACAGGGAGAGCGAAAGGAAGGCGAUUGUAGAGAACUUCUACAGAAAGAACCACAUCUACCAGACUUAUGAAUUCGCCAACAAGAAGAAGGCCGAGUUUGCAGAGCUGGACAGAGCAGUAAUGGGCAUCUGGGAAUGCUGUGAGCUCCUUCACAACUAUGUUGAUGAGAGUGACCCUGAUCUCGACGAGCCACAGAUUGAGCAUCUUCUUCAAACAGCAGAAGCCAUCCGAAGAGAUUAUCCUGAUGAAGAUUGGCUUCAUCUCACUGCACUUAUUCAUGAUCUUGGAAAGGUGAUGCUUCAUCCUACCUUUGGCGAACAGCCGCAAUGGUGUGUUGUUGGUGAUACUUAUCCACUUGGGUGUGCUUUUGAUGAGAACAUAGUCUACUCCAAGUACUUCAAGGAGAACCCGGACUAUAACCAUCCUGUCUACAGCACAAAGCUUGGUGUAUACACAGAGAACUGUGGCCUUGAUAAGGUCACCAUGACAUGGGGCCACGACGAGUACAUGUACUGGGUGGCGAAGCAGAACAACACCAGAUUGCCACCAGAAGCUCUUUUCAUCAUCAGGUUCCACUCAUUCUAUGCAAUGCACCGGAGUGGAGGAUACAGAUAUCUCAUGAAUGAUGAAGACAAGGAGAUGCUUAAAUGGGUCCUCAUAUUCAACAAAUAUGAUCUUUAUAGCAAGAGCAAAGUGAAGGUCAACCUCGAGGAUGUCAAGCCCUAUUACCAGUCAUUAAUUGAUAAGUAUUUCCCGGAAAAACUCCGAUGGUGAGAGGAAAGAUCCGAGCGGUGAUGGUGACACGGGGAUUUGGUUUUCAUGUUUGCUUUCUGUCUUCGCGUUUGAGCUCCUAAAAAUUUGAUUUGUUUGGCGGAUGGGCUCAUGAAAUAAAAGGUCUUCUGAUAUCGUUUCUUGUGCA